GAUUUAUUAUAUAAAGGGAAAAAAACUGCAAACAUUAUUUGAAUUACGAGUUCUUUAAUGAAAACAUGGAUAUUUUAUUUCGUCUGCGUGGGCAGUUAGUUCUGCUAUUUCCAUUUGUAAUAAAUCUUUCACAUUGUGAUGUCUCGCAUCAGUUGUGGAUAUACAAACCGGAACUGGAGAAUAUGACUACAUCAUCAGGAUAUAAGGUCAGAACACGAUCAUCUGUAGGGUGUGGCCGCGCGUGCUCUAUAAAUGACACGUGCAUAUCCUUCUUCAUUAUGCCAACAGAACAACUAAACUGUCAGUUACACGACACUGUGUUGGAUGCCACAGAUGGGUUAUCGUACGUGCAGAAAUCAUAUUACUAUGUGCUUGGUGGAGCCGGAAUAACAUCAACUACAACACUCCCGACUGCACAACCUUUCUCGUGCCCUCCUGAUGAUACUAUAUUUAGAACAGUACAGUUGUCUGACGGAGAGCUCUUCACAUACAAGGUUAUUAAGUCAUAUGAAACGCAGUCAAAUGCUAUUGCGGGAUGCGCAAUUCAAGGUGGAUUCCUGUCUCGCGUGAAAACCGUUGCCAAGAUGAACAUGCUUCUAGAUCUUGUCAGGAAUUGUCCAGGUUACAGUGGAGAAGAGUAUUAUGUUGAUGGUAGCAACGCUAGUGCUGAUGAUUUCUAUGCCCCGGGAGCCUGGACGUUUGUUGAUGGAGACCCUGUACCCAUGACGAGUGACUUUUGGGGACCAUCCUAUCCAAAUAAUCAACACUUUCAACAUUGCUUACGCAUGCAAAAGAGCGCUGCAAAUUACAAGUUUGAUGACAUAAGCUGUAGUGAACAACGCUACUAUAUUUGUGAAAUAUAGACACGUGUCGGUCCAGAACGUUACUUUAUUUUAUGCGUUUUAGUGGAUUAAUUAUUCAUUCGUGAAAAUUAUAAUUGGUAAUUCCACAGUGAAAAUUAUGAAAAUAUAAUUUCACACUUUUCUAUUACGAGACUACUUUUUUCAAGAUUUUCCCCAUGUGGUACCUCAAUUAUACUCUUGCUGACAAUUCUGGCAUUAUGAGGGCUGUUUAGAAAAGCAAAGGUGGAAUUGAUAAAAAACUUAAAUUUCAAAAGUAAUAAAAAGGAAAAACUUACUUCAAUUCAUUCAAAUAACCAAUCACCAAAUAUCGUCUCUAAAUUUUUUGUUUCAUUUUUACAGUCUGAAAAAAAUACACUUCCUUCCAAAUGCAAAACUGCCCUUGAUUACAUUUGGGCAUAUUUAAUUAUCCUACGAGUAAUAAUUGCCUGAUGCAAAAUGAAAAAUUGAAAAGCAAUGACAGUCAUAAGAAGAAAAAAAAGAAAAAAAAAAAAAAAAAAAAAAAAAAAAAGAGAAGA